ACAAUGGCAUCGCCCUUUCCCCUGUGUGUGCCCCAUGCUGCACUGGGAAGCUCCUGUGUGUAGUUGCUGCCACAAGCUGCGUGUAGUUGUUGCUUUACACACAGUGAAUAGUCAUACAAAGCAGCUAAAGUCAUACCCUGCUGCCACCGACAUCUUAUGCCCAUCUCCUUCUGGUAGUUUUGCGCUUUCUUACGUGAAUAGAAGUGCAGCAACAGUAGCUCCAAGAUGGUUGAGAAGUUGUUGUUUUGGAGGGCAGGGGAGGCAGCCCUGGUGCUAUGUCCUGUGUGCGCCUGUAGUGGUGCUGUAGGAGGCUGCUGGCCUUUCUUACGAAGCGAGAGCCCAGCCUUCCCCGCCGCUGCUACUGCUGGAGAAUUAGAUAUUCAGGGAUUCCCUUCCGAAGCGCCGACCCCCCUGCACUUUUACUAUUAUUGUGUGUGGGGUUUUUUUUUUUUAAAUGCCCUCCACCUCCCACAAAUAUUAAUUGGUAUUGUGUACAUGUUAGUGGGGGCUCGCUUCGGAUAUUGAGUGAGAGAAACACAGCGCCCCCGGUCUACUCUUCGCUCGUAGCCGGCUGGGGAGGUCCUGCAAUCUGACAGCCAAACAGAAAAGGGGGGAGAAAGGAGGAGAAAAAAAAAGCAGCCUGAAAAGGGUAUCAUAUGCGCUGCACGAGGUGUCCAUGAGAAAGCUCCCUGAUACUGAUAUGGUGCACAAAGUUUAAAAUCAGCUGAUGUUCACAAGGAACAGAGUCACGUGAUGUAUGAAGGCAAACACAUACACUUUUCUGAGGUUGACAACAAGCCCCUUUGCUCCUAUAGCCCAAAGCUUUGUAAGCAGCGAAGACUCAAUGGUUACGCCUUCUGUAUACGCCACGUUCUUGAAGAUAAGACUGCACCUUUCAAGCAAUGUGAAUAUGUGGCCAAGUACAACAGCCAGCGUUGCACCAACCCCAUUCCCAAAUCUGAGGACCGUAGGUACUGCAAUAGCCAUCUACAGGUUCUCGGAUUUAUUCCAAAAAAGGAAAGGAAGAAAAAGAACGAUACGCUGGAAGAUGUAAAGGCCAAGCAUCAGAUGGAAACUAUGGCUUUUAGCCUUACGGUGCCCCCCUUGGCAUUAAAGAUGCCUAAUGGACUUGAUGGCAUGAAUCUCUCUCCCCCAGGGGCCAGACUUCCAAUUCACUACUUAGAAACUGACUUGGAAGAUCCUUUUGGUUUUGAGGAAGAGGAGGAAGAGCUAAAGAAAGGGGCAUCUGUGAAGAAAAAGCUCCAGAGCAAAUUGGCUCAAAACCGCCAGCGCCUAAGAGAGACGGAAAUUGUAAAUGUUCAUCAAGAGCACUUUAGCCCUCAUCCUGCACCUUCUCCACUUCAAUCUCCAUCUUUGCUGGAGCAGCACACACUUGUACAGCCAAUUUCAACAUUGCCGAAACCCACUGGGUUACCACAGAAUCUGGUCUGCAAGUCACCUCAACCUCUGAACACCAGCCAACCAGUACAGGGAGCAUCGACUGUCACACACACAGUAGCACAAACAAGGCAACAGUCUAGCAAGAAACCUUUUCCUGUCUUACCUCCCAUUACAGAAUUGCCACGGACUCACAGCAUCCAGUUGGCAGCCACAGCCUUACCAGCUUACUCCUCUUAUGUGAGCCGACUGCAGAGACUAGUAAAACUGUGCACACGAAAGCAGCAGCUGGAUACUGAUUUGUUCCCACAUUUUGGUCUGGACUGGUCAGAAGACAGUGGAGAAGAGCAGGACAGUGACCAAUCAUCCCCAUACCGCACUGCAUGGUCAUAUAGAGAGCGUUUUCGAUAUGACUGCAAAAAGCUGGAUAUUGAAGAAGCGCACAGUAGGAGCUCCAGGAUUGCACAACUUUGCACUUACUUUCAGCAAAAAUACAAGCACCUCUGCCGUCUGGAGCGAGCAGAAUCCUGUCAGAAAAAAUACAGACACACAUUCCGGAGAGCCUUACAGCAGGCUGCCCUCAGAAAGCCGGAGACCACAGGGCAGCUGCUUCAGGAACUGAGUAGAACCACAUGCAUAAGGACCAGGCCAUUUCAACCGGAGCUGAGAGGGACAGAAGUAACACUCUGCAGUGCAACUAUAAGCAACGGGGCAUGUAGGAACAGAACCCUCCCUUAUACGCGCAACUGCUUUCAACAUAUCUUGUCCAACAGCUCCCAGCAGCUUUUCUCUAGUUGCACAGCAAAGUUUGCAGAUGGCCAGCAAUGUUCUGUGCCUGUUUUUGAUAUUACACAUCAGACUCCUUUGUGUGAAGAACAUGCCAAGAAAAUGGAUAACUUCUUGCGAGGGGACAAUUCGCGUAAGGUUCAGCACCAGCAACAAAGGAAACCCAGGAAAAAGACCAAACCCCCUGCACUUACCAAAAAAAACAAGAAGAAAAGGAGGCGAGGUCCACGACGGCCUCAGAAACCUAUUCCACCUGCUGUGCCCCAGGGCAAUCUAUGUAUGCCCAGCAGCCUUUCACUGCCAGUGGAAGUCUCCAGUAUAAGGAGUCCUUCCACACCAGACCUGAGCACAGAAGAGCUGCCUGAUGACAUCACUAAUGAGAUUACUGACAUUCCCCAUGACUUAGAACUCAAUCAGGAGGACUUCUCAGAUGUUCUGCCACGUCUGCCUGAUGAUUUACAAGAUUUUGACUUCUUCGAAGGUGGUAAGAAUGGCGAUCUUCUUCCUACUACAGAAGAAGCUGAAGAGUUGGAGAGGGCCCUGCAAGCAGUUACAUCUCUGGAAUGCUUAAGCUCAAUAGCAGUACUAACUCAAGCUGACAAUUCAACUGUCCAAGACCUGUCAGAUCGUGGGAUAUCGGUGUUCUCAACAGGUUCUGGUGGUUCAGUAAUACAAUCCUUGAGUCGAGAAGAUCACACAGACCUUGGGGAUCUACUCAAUGGGCGUAUAGGUCAUGAUAACUUCAGCAGUCUCGAACUGGACGAGAACCUACUUGGUUCCACUACCUUAUCCUGCCCAUCGGCAACCCUGACUGGACGUAUUCAGGGGCAGUUCUCAUCACCUGCCAAUGUUGGCCUUAGUUCUGCCACUUUAAUAAGCCAGAGCUCACUUGAAGAGAGAACUUUACCGUGUACAUUUCAUGGUCUUCAUGAAGGUAACUGUGCACCACAGAGGACACUCCAGGCAGAGAUCUUAAGCAAAGCAGAUGAUUUAAUCAUCUCACAGCAGCAAUACAAUAGUGACCAUUCACAUUCUUCACCCCAAGGAAGCCAUUAUGACAGCGAGCAUGUUCCCUCUCCUUACAGUGACCAAAUUACAUCCCCACAUGCCACCUCCUAUUCUGCUGACAGUUUGUCUGCUACCUUUUCUUCAGAUGUACCUAUUAUUACACAGCACUUACUAACCACCCAGCUGGAUAUGCCUCUCAGUGCAGUGGUGAACCGAACUCACUGGGGAAAUCUACCUGUCAAUCUUAAUGAUCCAUCAGGUUUUAGUGCAUUCAUCACUUCUGAUGGACACCUGCUUUCAACAUCUUUGUGUACCCCUCUUGCUACUUCUCAUUUAGAGACAACACAGCCUACCUUCUCCACUGUGACCCCCAAUAGCUCUAAUAUGCUUCCAGGGUUGCCGCAGACCAGCUUUAGUGGCCUAAGCCCCCCAGCUUCUGAACUCAUGGACUCUGCAUCCCUCAAACACCAGCUCCCUCAGUUCAUUGCAGCAUUUGGCCAUCAGCUGACCUCUCACAGUGGCAUCCCCAAAGACCUUCAACCCAGCCAUAGUUGCGUUGCUCCUCCCACAGGAUUUUCUGUAACAGGUGCCACAGCUACAACUACCACCAACGCUUCCUCCUCAUUUGCAGGUCCUAACUAAGUACGUUUCAUAAUUGGAUGGAAGCUUAAUUCCCCUGUAAAUUAUUACGUGUUGCUCUUUCAUUCCUUCUGGAAUAUUUGUUCCCUCCUAACACAAUAUUGCAGAAUGGAGUAAUUGUUCUCUGCACUGUAUUUUUUGUGCUUUGCCAGCACUGGUGCUCCUAAUAUUUGUCUAGGUCCACUUCUUUCACCAUAUUUCUCUUCAGCAGAGUGACAUGGGGUUCUGACAUAUUGCCUGCUUAUUCCAGGGAACAUACAUUUGUUUCAUUUACUACCUGCUCCAUAUACUAUGGCUUUACCUAGGAGAUGGAAAUGAUUAGUGACCGCAGGGCAAAUUUAGCAACCGUUGCAGGGAAAACAAAUAUAAUUGGAAAGCUGUACAAUUCCGCAACUCUGCAUUCUUUGAAAUGAUUUGUUGCAGUACAAACCAAGAGUAAUUUCCUGUAUCUGUCCAGCAGUUUUGAUAUUGUGAAUUUGUGUGUGUGUGUGUGUGUUAUCUGAAUUGUGGAGCCCUGCAGAACACUUGGCAAAUAAUGUUGGCACUAUUUUCCCUUUCAAAGGCAUCCAUUCCUUUCUCUGUUUUUGCCUUAAAAUGACUUUGGAUCAUACCUCGGAGUAAACAUUAAGGCUAAAGAUCAGAGGAGACGGUAUCACUACGUUUAUAUCACGCAGUGCUAGUCUGGGACAAAUAAAUAAAAAGCAACAGUAUUCUUCUGUGAUGUUUUAAUUAUGGCUUAGAACAAGUUUCCCUUUUUCUUUCCAUCUUCAUCUUCAUUAUUUGUUUUAUUCUUAACUAUGAUUGACAACCUUGGCAUGGUGUUGGAUGCUACAGUUUCAGUAAGAAUAAACAAAGCUAGGUUAAGCUCAAUUGUAGUUUAAUGUAUACCUUAUUUUAAAAAUAGUAAAGUAAAAAUGUUCAGAUUUUUUAUAUUUAGCAUCUAUUCCCACCUUAAAGGCAAGGUUUAAUUCACAAUAAGGUUAAAAAUAUAUAAAAUAGAUAUAUAAAAGCUUCUUUGUAGCAGUCACCCUAACAUAAUAAUGGUAAUAUCCAGUACAAGCCAAACCCCCUAUGCAAGCCAACAUUUGAUCAUGGUUUUACAAUGGUUUGUCUGUUACUGUAGUAUUGUGCUCAGAUGGUCUGUGACAGCCAUGGAGAGUACAGCCUAGGACUCACUACAACUGGUCCCCAUUCUAGACCCCCACUCAGUCAUUUGGGUUCCAGUUUGGUAAGCCUUUGCAUUAAAGUAAAGUAAGCGAUUUUGUGCAAUAAUUAUUCAUGUGGUGUUCUGCACACAAAGGAGCUUAUUUAUUAACACUGGAGACAAACAUCACUGGUGAUAUUGCCCAUAGCAACCUAUCCGUUCUUUGCAUUUGUUUUCUUAAGGUGGCCAUACACGGCCAGAUUAAAGUUGCAGAUAUCGGUCCUUUAGACAAUUUUUGGCAGCGUUUCUGCCCAUGUGUGAGGGCUCCCAUUGGGUCCUCCCGAUCGAUAUCAGGCCAAAAAUCGGGCAGAUAUCGAUCUGUCAAGUUUGAUUUUUUUGUAUGAUCCAGGACUGCAUCAGCGGUCCUGCGACCCGUCGGAGCCCAUUCGUAGUAUUGUGAUCCAAUCGUUCGGCCCUGGUUCGGAUUCAUCUGGUAUCGCCCAGCUGUUUGUGGGCAUAUCGGGUUAAGAUCCACUCAUUUGGUGACCUUGCCAAACAAGCGGAUCUUAUAGUGUAUGGCCACCUUAACUUGUAGCUAAUGUUUCAAAUCUAAUCUCUGAUUAUUUGCUAUGGGCAACGUCGCCUACAAGUUAGAGAACAAACACAAAAAGCUGAUUGGUUGCUAUGGGCAGCAUCACCAGUGAUGUUUGUCUCCAAUGUUAAUAAAUACACCUGUAAGUGUAGCAGUCAAAUGUCUGGAGGCAGCA